CAAGAUGAAAGCUGCACUGCUGUUGACUCUGCUUGUGGCAGUCAGUGACUUUGCCAGCGUCUCUGCAAUUUGUAGCGGAGGAUGCUCCUACAAGUGCCCCAAGAUCAACUUCGCUGCCUGUCCUUAUGGAAAGGCAGGUGACGCGUGCCAUUGCUGUUAUGUGUGUGGCAAGGGACCUGGAGAACUUUGCAAUCCUGCAGCAUAUGAAUGCGGAACAAACAUGCAUUGUGCACAUGUAUAUGGGUAUUGGUAUGCAUGUAAGAAACUGGAGUAACAAGACUGAUACAGUUGUUUACCUAAAGGCCAGCACAACUUCAUUAUCUUCGUUCUAAAGUGUUUUUGUAUCGAACGCCUGUCUUUGUGCUCCUUGUGGGCUGAAGAGACACCAAUCUGAGAAGAUCAGAAUAAAGUGCCCAAAGCCACAUGUGAUCCUUUUAAUCAUCGAAAACUAAA